AUGGCCACCGUCGAACAGAUCCAGAAGUCCGCCACCGCCGCCGCACAGAGCCUGAUUGCUUCCGAUGCAAAGACAACCAUGGCUGGAAAGCAGCCCCAGGAGAUGAAGGAGCACGCGGCCCAAGUCCUCAACGCCGCGAUACCGACGGUGCACGGGUGCGUUGAGGCGCUUGCGAAGGACCCUAGGCAGCUGGAGGCCGAAGACGCCGACGUGCUAGCUAUACGGGCUGUCACGUUGACCGCAUUCGGCACCCCAAUCGGAAGUACCUCGUCUAAGAUGAAGUAA